UGUUGUGAGCCGUUGUAUUAAACUUGAUUCGGUGCGCCUGCAGUAGAUUAAAGUCGCCAUGGCGAGCAGGAAAACUUCGCGAUCAAACCGGGAAAACGGGGACAAAUACUCAGUACUAUUACCUACCUACAACGAGAGAGAAAACCUGCCUUUGAUAGUGUGGCUUCUGGUGAAGUAUUUCGGCGAAAGUGGUUAUAACUACGAAAUAAUUGUCAUUGACGACGGAAGCCCGGAUGGGACACUGAAGGUGGCAGAGCAGCUGCAGAAAAUUUAUGGCGAGGACAAGAUACUGCUAAGACCAAGAGCGAAAAAAUUAGGCCUCGGCACUGCCUACAUCCACGGCAUGAAGCAUGCUACUGGGAACUUCAUCAUCAUAAUGGACGCAGAUCUUUCUCAUCACCCCAAGUUCAUCCCAGAAUUUAUCAAAAAGCAGAAGGAAGGCAAUUACGACCUGGUUUCUGGUACUCGAUAUCGAGGAAACGGAGGUGUUUACGGCUGGGACUUGCGCAGGAAGCUCAUCAGUCGGGGGGCCAACUUUUUGACUCAAGUGUUGUUGAGACCCGGUGCUUCAGACCUCACAGGCAGUUUCAGGCUGUACAAGAAGAAGGUGCUGGAGAGUCUUGUUGAGCGGUGUGUGUCCAAAGGCUACGUCUUUCAGAUGGAAAUGAUCGUCCGAGCCAGACAGCUCAACUACGCAAUCGGAGAGGUUCCCAUUUCCUUUGUGGACCGAGUUUAUGGAGAGUCCAAACUGGGAGGGAACGAGAUCGUGUCAUUCGUCAAAGGACUGCUCACGCUCUUUGCCACAACAUGAUCAGUGAUUUACUCAGUUUGAACACACAGUACCAGUCAAAGGUUUGGACACGCUGGGAGAGCGUGUCCAA